GCUAUGAACAAUGCUUCUCUCUUUUAUAUUGGGGAAUCUCUCUAAUGGCAUUCCUGUAACACCGUCAUAGGUGAUAUUCUUGCUCCUCUACCAUUUUCGGUCGGCAUCAGACCACCACAGCUGUCUAUACGAUGGACUCUACCACUAAACCCUUCCCCCUAUUACCCGAGGGGUCGAGAAUUCAUAUCAUUGAAAUAGGGUUCGCGGGUCUCGGCACUGCGAUAGAAUGCCGUCGUCGGGGACUUUCUGUCACAGUUUAUGAGCGGUUCCCCGAACUAAAGCCACUUGGUGAUAUAAUCUCGUUCGGGUCCAAUGGGGGCCGGAUCUUUGCACGCUGGGGCUCGGUGGUCGACCGCAUGCUACCUGUUAGCAUCAAGCUCCAGGACUACGGGUUUCGCAUUCACAAGUACACGGGAGAGCACGUCCAUACGCAAGACUCCUUGCCCCUUGAUCGACAGGCUCCCACGAUCAAUGGACAUCGGGGAGAGCUGCACCAGAUUCUAUUCAACUAUGCUCGAAAUGACCUUAACAUUCCCAUUAAUCUCGGCUGUGAGGUUACCGGGUACUUUGAGAGCGCCAGUGGCGCAGGGAUCCAGCUCGCAUCAGGAGACAAAGUCUAUGGAGAUGUUGUCAUCGGCUCCGAUGGUGUCCGCUCUCAAGCUCGAUCUUUAGUUCUAGGACGUGAGACACGCGUCCAAUCUAGCGGCUAUGCGAUCUAUCGCGCCUGGUUUUCAAACGAGGAUAUCCUGGCCGAUCCACUGACUCGACAUCUCUCCGAAAAUGGCGAUACGUUCAAUGGCUGGAUUGGUCCGGAUGUGCAUCUACUGGUUUCAACGUUGAAAGGGGGGAAGGACGUCUGUUGGGUACUCACGCAUAAGGAUGCAUCUGAUAUCAGCGAUCGCUGGUCCUUUCCGGGUAAGCUUACGGAUGUCUAUAAGGUCUUAGAGGGCUGGGACCCGGUCUGCCACCGGAUCAUUUCGAAAACCCCCGAGUCAGCCCUGAUCGAUUGGAAGCUCAUCUGGCAAGACCCCUUGCCGACCUGGGUUAGCAAAGACGGGCAUAUUGCCCUUGCUGGAGAUUCCGCUCAUGCAUUCCUCCCGACAUCCGCUCAGGGAGCAACCCAGGCGCUAGAGGACGGUGUCACGAUCGCCAUCUGUCUGAGCCGGGCUGGCAAAUAUAGGAUUCCCGAUGCUCUCCAUGCCUUCGAAAAGAUUCGGUACGAUCGUGUACGCAAGGUGCAGGAAACAGGUAAAACUACUCGAGAUAAAUGGCACAAUGCAAGCUGGGAUAACGUAAAACGCGAUCCCAAGGCCAUAGAACUUCCACGAGAAGACUGGAUAUUGAACCAUGAUGCCGAGCAGCAUGCCAACAAUAUGUGUGAUCAAAUCUUCGGUGCCAUCAGGGGUGAAAGUAGAUUAUGA